UCAUAGAACAAACAAGGAAGUUGAGUACCGCGAAAUGUGCGAAUAUAAAGGCACACUAACAUGGCGGGCAAUCUCUCAAUUAAAAGCAUAAAUAAUCGCAAGUAUUCCUCCGAGGAUACUGUGGAAGUAACUUCUGGUGGCUCUCUGGACACGAUACAUACAGCUGCGAAGAAGACUAAUGUGACCAGGUCUACAGAUUCUGGCUCACCAUGGUGGACCAAGGAGCAUCUCCCUGCUGUGGAAAACCUGUGGGCCUUGACCCUCCAGUCCGCUCUGCCGUACCUGAAAGAGAAGCAAUGGGAAGUUCCUGAUUUUCCUCAUCCAUCUAGUACGGAAGACACGUCGCAUGUGCUGGACGAAGUUCUUCCCUUCCCUGAACCACCUCCAGCAUCUCAACAGUGUCCAGACCUCCCGGCCAGCUCUUCCCAGCAGAGCAAAGCUGGACUGGACAUUGCUGACAGGUCGCUCUCCUCUCUCAUUCAUCACGAGCACAAGGGCAACUUUGUGACUGUACGAGGUCGCGCCGAAGAAGAUCAUACAUCUCUCAAUGCCAUCGCCGGGCCCUCACGUGUCAAAAGGGGAGGCAAAAAGCAAGAUAGAAAAGCGGAAGUGGAAAAGAGGCUCAUGGUACAAGCUCAUGCUUUGGACAGUCAACCUCUGGGCGAGGAAGAAAAUAUCUUUGAGGAGAGAAUGGAGACUGAAGAGGGUGAGGGAAAGAAAAGCAGUGGCACAAAAAGUAGAGAGCAAGCUCUCCAUAAGUUGGAUAAGUGUCCGAUGUGCUUGCUGGUCUUCCCUGUUGGGGCCUCUCAGAUGGACCGUGAUGGCCACCUGGCUCAGUGUCUGUCAGAGAUGAACGUGGACAUGAGCUGGUGAGCUCCAGGCAGUCCAGAUGUGCCACCUGCUUUCGUUUUAAAGUGAGGCCUUUUUUA